UUUGUUCUUGCCUAAGCAUCAAGUUUUAUUUUUGCAGUAAAGAUUUCGGUAUUUUAUUGAGCAUAAUGAACUAAGUUUACAUUAGAAUUAGAAAGACAAUUACACAUAAACAGGUUUUGGUGGAAUAUAUCCAGACGAUUAUAUAAUUACCGCAUUUUUAAGACCGUAAUCGAAGAUAAACGGGACUGGAUUUUUGCUUACGAUCAGCAUCUUUAUCAUUUAGUUUUCACACCUCGCACGCAGAAUUUUAGAUUCUGCAUCGAAAAAGCUUGUUCUACCCUGCAAUAGACCGAAUUUAAUUAUUGUACAAUAAUUAUCAAAACUCUGACGUCGCACUCCUAUCUUUGCGAACGUUGCCGGAAGAUAGUUUGCUGUCUUUAAUUACUCUUUGCGUUGAUAAGAUGAAACUCAUUUCACGAGAUGGGAGAGUCUUCAAAGUGGAUGCGAAGCUGGCGGAAAUCAGUAGUACGAUUAAGAGUCUGAUGUCUAAUAAUCAGCAUAACGCUGGCGAUCACGCUGACGAGGCUGGAAUCCCCAUAUCGCAGGUGGAAGGACCCAUUCUGGAAAAGGUCAUUGUGUGGGCCGAAUACCACAAAGACGAAUCGCCUACAACUUGGAAUUUUGAGAACGAAGAAGCGGAAGAAUUAUUCCGGUUAAAGUAUGAAGUCGCUCCGUGGGAUAAAGAAUACAUUAAAGUCGACCAAGGCACAAUCUUUGAGAUAAUGCUGGCAGCGCAUUAUUUGGACAUAAAGGGUUUAAUCAUGCUCUGCUGCAAAACCAUUGCUGAGAUGCUAAAAGGCAAAGGAGUGGAGGAAAUUCGUCGGCAGUUCAAUAUCAAGAACGAUUUUGAUCCAGAGGAAGAAGAAGCUUUGAGGAAAGAAACAGAUUGGACAGAAUGGUCGGAAUGGAACUAACAUGUGUGAUGUAGCAGUGUGCCAUACUUCUAUGUACUUGCUUAAAGAAUGUGUUAUUGCAACUGUACGUGGGUUCUAGCUUCGUAAUCGUUCUUGUUCUUAAUACAGUGCAGAUGCCCGCUAUUUUAUGUUGUAUGAAGUGCAAAGGUCUGUUCUUUGGAAUUAAGUAAAUCUCCUUGGAAUUCGAAGCAGAGAACUGAAAUGACCGUAAUUAUAAU